AUGUACGGCUGGCUGCUGCUAGUGCUGUGUGCGCUGCUCCCCGCGACGGCUGCGGGGAGCUCCGGCCGCUCGUACCCGCACCGCGUGGUUCUCGACCCCGAAGGCAAGUACUGGCUGCUCUGGGGCCGGCAGGGCGAGCGGCUUGCCUUCCGCCUGGAGGUGCGCACUAACGGCUACGUGGGCUUCGGCUUCUCGCCCACGGGGACCAUGGCGGCAGCAGACAUCGUGGUGGGCGGCGUGGCCCACGGGCGGCCCUACCUCCAGGACUAUUUCACAAAUGCAGACAAGGAGUUGGAAAAAGACGCCCAGCAAGAUUACCACUUAGAUUAUGCCAUGGAGAACAGUACUCACACAGUGAUUGAGUUUAGCAGAGACCUGCACACAUGUGAUGCCAAUGACAAGAGUCUCACGGAUAGCACAGUGAGAGUUAUCUGGGCCUACCACCAUGAAGAUCCUGGAGAAUCUGGUCCCAAGUACCAUGACUCAAAUAGGGGCACGAAGAGUCUACGGUUACUGAAUCCCGAGAAAGCCAAUGUGUUGUCUACAGUCUUACCAUACUUUGAUCUGGUAAAUCAAAACGUCCCCAUUCCAAACAAAGGCACGACAUACUGGUGCCAAAUGUUUAAGAUCCCUAUAUUCCAAGAAAAGCAUCAUGUGAUAAAGGUGGAGCCAAUAAUAGAGAGAGGCCACGAGAGCCUGGUCCAUCACAUCCUGCUGUAUCAAUGUAGCAGCAACUUUAAUGACAGUGUCCUGGACUUUGGCCAUGAGUGCUACCACCCAAAUAUGCCCGACGCCUUCCUCACCUGUGAAACUGUGAUUUUCGCCUGGGGCAUUGGUGGAGAGGGCUUUACCUAUCCACCUCAUGUUGGAUUAUCCCUCGGCAUGCCACCAGAUCCUCGUUAUGUGCUUUUAGAAGUCCAUUACGAUAAUCCAGCACGAAAGAAAGGCUUAAUAGACAGUUCUGGAUUGAGGUUCUUCCAUACGACGGAUACGAGGAGAUACGAUGCAGGAGUGAUUGAGGCCGGCCUCUGGGUGAGCCUCUUCCACACAAUCCCUCCAGGGAUGCCCGAGUUCCGUUCUGAGGGUCACUGCACUCGGGAGUGCCUAAAGGAGGCCCUGGGAACUGAGAAACCAAGUGGAAUCCACGUGUUUGCGGUUCUCCUCCAUGCUCACCUGGCAGGCAAAGGCAUCAGGCUGCGUCAUUUCCGCCAGGGAGAGGAAAUGCAGUUGCUGGCUUACGAUGAUGAUUAUGACUUCAAUUUCCAGGAGUUUCAGUACCUGAGGGAAGAACAGACAAUCUUACCGGGUGAUAACCUGAUCACUGAAUGCCGCUAUAACACCAAGGACCGAGCUGCAAUGACUUGGGGUGGACUGAGCACCAGGAAUGAAAUGUGCCUCUCGUACCUUCUUUAUUAUCCAAGAAUUAACCUGACCCGGUGCGCCAGCAUCCCAGACAUCAUGGAGCAGCUACAGUUCAUCGGCGUGAAGGAGAUCUACAGACCAGUCACGACGUGGCCUUUCAUUAUCAAAAGCCCUAAGCAGUACAGAAACCUUUCUUUCAUGGACGCAAUGAACAAGUUUAAAUGGACCAAAAAAGAAGGGCUGUCCUUCAACAAGCUCGUCCUUAGCCUGCCGGUGAACGUGAGGUGUUCCAAGGCGGACAACGCAGAGUGGUCGAUUCAAGGGAUGACGGCGUUACCUCCUGACAUCAAAAACCCUUAUAAAGCAGAACCUCUGGUGUGCGGGACAUCAGCGUCCUCACCUCUGCACGGCGUUUUCCCCCUCCCCUUGCUGGGAUGCUCUCUGCUUCUCGGAAGUAUGCUGAGCGCCCAGGGCUUGUGACUGCCGUACGUGGUCAGGAUGGAGUCUGGAAUACGAGACUGUCCUUUCAAGUCAGGUUAAAGACUGUGUUCACGUUAGGCCUGAAGCGAUGGAUGGGUGCGAAGAACCUGGAAACUCAUUUCGCGCACACGCUCCCUCCAUUUUCCUUCCCAGGCUCCCUGAGCGAUGUCCCUGUGGUGGUCCUCUGGGUUUCCUCAUAAAAGUCGAUGUUCUGUGCAUUCCUUUCUGGUGUAACUUCCCAGUGUGAGCAUAGCCCUCUCUCCGUCCUGUCCCAGUCCCUGUGUUUUCUACGACUUUACUCAUGGCCCUCUGACCUCGGUGUUUAUCUCUGCAUCUUUCGUUUCCUCACUCAGAGUCGAUCGAUGCCCAAGCCCACAUCAAAGUAUUUCCCAGUCUCUGCAGCGCUGCUCGGUGGGAAUUUUUUUUCUUAAACUCUGCAACUCUCUUAAAAGUCAGAGAUUCUGAUAGGUGUAGAGGUGACGGUGGCUGACUGCUGACUGAGAAAAAGUACGGAGCGCUGCAAACCCUUGCUGUGAAGGGUUCUAGAUGGGAAAAGAUUCCACAGAAGAAUAGACAGCCAUGGGGUCUGUAAGGUUCCUCACCACUCAGUGUUACCCUCUGGGUCGACCUGAGUCACAUUUCCUAUGAUAGAUUUAUUUUUAUAUUAGUUAAUAAGCUGACCUCCGAUAUAAAUUUUCCACCAACUGAGGAUCUUAUCCUUUUGGUUCUCUUUGUAUUAGCUGCUUAAAUCUUGUUUUAUAUCCUAUCUUCAGCCAUUAAGCUGAAUGUUUCGAUCAUAGUAAUAAGCUUAAUGGAAUUAAAGGUUUUGUAUAAUAUCUCAUGUGAUUCAUGAAAGAAUCAAGUUAUCGUGUACUGACGUCAUCAAAAUCAUCUGAAAAACUGUAUCUUUUCCACUUUGAGCCCUUCCUGUCUUACAAACAUAAACUAUAUUGUCAUUUAAAUAAAUAUUAUGCUUUAAAGCCUUUA